GUGAUUGGAAUAUCUAUAAAACGCGGCAUUCCGAAGUUAGUUAAUUCGUGGACAACUAAGCAAAGCUAAAUUCAUCCAAUUAGUUACUGUUCACAUCGGCCUUUUUCCCCAGUCACAACUUAACUUUUUCAACAUGCAGAUCCAAGACAUCACUGUGUUUAGCUACGAUGCCAACUAUCGAUUCGGCACAUACUCCAUGUCUCAUGGCCGCUUAGCCAAGGGCCACAAGUCCCUCGUCGUCAGAAUCCGUUCCGACGAUGGUUUCGAGGGUUGGGCCGAGACUGCGCCUCUCGGUAGUGACUAUCUGCCAAGUUCAUUCACUGGCGAGUUAGCAGCCAUACAAGAGCUCGGUCCCCAACUUUUGGGUCUAGACCCAAGAUCACCCGCAGCAAUUGAUGAUCAAAUGGAUCGUGCGAUGAUGGGCGCUUAUGCGGCAAAGGCAGUCAUCGAUAUGGCCUGCUGGGAUAUUCUCGGAAAGUCUCUCGGGUUACCAACUGCGAUUCUUUUCGGCGGAUGUCUCACCGAGAGACCCAGGGGCUUUUCAGUCAUUGGAAUUCGAGAGACGGAGGCUGCUGUGACUCAGGUCAAAGAGGAGUUCAAAAAGGGCGCGACGACAAUGCAGCUCAAGGUUGGAGACGAUCCCCUUGUUGAUGCGCAGCGAGUCAGGGCCAUUCGCGCUGCUCUACCCGACCAUGUUUUGCUUUGGGUCGAUGCAAAUGGUGGCUGGACUUUGGACGAGGCAUUAACCUUUGCACGCGCCAUCGGGCAAGAGAUUGCUGUUGGGGUCGAGCAGCCCUGCCGCACACUUCAUGACUGCGCCGAACUCGGUCGUCGUACAGGACUACCAAUUACGCUCGACGAGAGUAUCGUCACUCUGGCUGAUCUCUUAGAAGCUCAUGCAGCUGGUAUAACUGGUGUGAAUAUCAAGCCGUCACGGGUCGGCGGGCUUACAAAGGCACGACUCAUUCGCGAUGCAGCUGCUGCGCUGGACAUGGUCAUCAACUGUGAUGAUACGUGGGGUUCCGCUUUGACGACGGCUCAGAACGUUCUGUUGGCUACUACUACCCCGAGUCAUCGAUUGCGCGCCGUGGACCUGUUUUGUGAAUGGACGGAGCCGUUGAUUGCUGAUAUUCCGAGGAUGGAAGCGGAUGGGAGAAUUACGCCUAGCACCCAGCCUGGAAAUGGGUACGCGGCCAUCUUUACGGAUAUGCUUGGUGAGCCAUUAGCCCAGAUCACAUCUAAUUGAUAUAUGCC